ACAGCAUAUUAUUGUACACUUAUAUUUAUUUUGGAAUUUAUACAUUUUAUUGUGUUCACUUAAAAUAUUUGCAAAAAAUAUAUAAUAUUCUGGGAUAGAAUCGAACCGGUAUAUGUACAAACUUAACCAAACAUAUUUUACCCGCUUCGACUCUAUCCCAUUGAGAGAUAUUAACAAAACUGAUAUAUUUAAAGAAAUAUAAUAUGGGUCAUAUAAAAACUAUAGUUGCUCAUUUGCAAAGAUCUAUAUAAUAACACCACACCUACUAGCGGGUGGCGCCACUAAACAUUUUCGAAAAUCUGACGCCACUAAACAUUUUCGAAAAUCAGACGCCACUAUACAUUUUCGAAAACCAGAUACAUUUAAAGAAAUAUAAUAUGGGUCUCAAUGAUCAUUUUUGAAAACUAAUAUCAAGAUCGCAUUUUAAGAAAAAGACGGGUAUUUUUCAAAGUAAAAAGGUACACCCCCUAUUAGUGGGGUUGUUAGGUACAUUUUACGAAAAGCAAACAUAGUUUUCGAUUAUUCAGUCUUAUAUUUACCGCGUACAAGACAGUACAAGAUUUCUUCAGCUAACGAAAAAUUCAACAAGUCCAAGCUGUUAAACGUAAGUAUUUGGUUUUACAAUAAUAAUUAAAAUAUUUUAUAAGUAUACAUAAUCUAAUUCUUAGAUGACGAACAACUACAAUGAAUUCGAUAUUCAAGAAAUAAUCAACGAAUCGCCGAUAUUCCCGUCAUCAAUGAUAGAAAGUACGACUAUUCCAUAUAGUCCCAUAACUCCACCGGAAGCUUUUUCCCCUGACAUGUUCCCGUCAUCAAUGAUAGAGAGCAUAAAUGUUCCAUAUAGUGCAAUAACUCCACCGGAAGCUUUUUCACCUGACAUGUCCCCAUCGCCAAGCAUGUUACACAUGCUUCCGUUGAAGACUCCUCGCGAGUUUCACAAUUUGAUUAUCGGGGUUAUUAAACAAUGCAGAUCAAGUCUUCUUCCUGGGGUGACGAUGAGGACGAAAAUCACGCGCUGAAUAUGGCUAUGGAGCGGUAUGAAAAUACCAUCACCGCCGCUUCCGACGACGACUGGGGGGGUAACGAAGAAGAAAAUGUUAGGUUAAAUAACCUUAUGGAUAUUUAUGGUAUUUAGGAAUUGUAAUAUAAACAUUUUUUUCAUUUAUAUAAUUGACUUAUUAUUUUAACUUAGUAUUUAAAUAUUUCAAACAUUCUGGUUAAAAUAGUAUAUGAAAACGGUUCUCUACGAAUAUAAACCUUGCCAUUUAUUGUUACAAUGGGUAAUGUAUUAUGCGAUCGCCAUAUAAUGCAGGUGUUUUUAGGUCGUCCCAUUAGACGAUGGUCAUUGUCAAGGACACGCACCCUGUUCGCCACGCCUAUUGCGGGUGAGUAUG